AUGAGAGGCUGGGGACGGCUGGCCCUGCUUGUGGGGGCCCUGCUGGGCGCUGCCUGGGCUCGGACGGCCCAGGACCUGCACUGUGGAGCUUGCAGGGCCCUGGUGGACGAACUAGAGUGGGAAAUUGCCCAGGUGGAUCCCAAGAAGACCAUUCAGAUGGGCUCUUUCCGAAUCAACCCCGAUGGCAGCCAGUCGGUGGUGGAGGUGCCCUAUGCUCGCUCAGAGGCCCACCUCACGGAGCUGCUGGAGGAAGUAUGUGACCGGAUGAAGGAGUACGGGGAACAGAUUGACCCUGACACCCACCGAAACAUUUACAUACGUGUAGUGAACCGGAACGGAGAACCCAAUGGUGUGAAUCUAGAGGGCAUCCGCAUUGAUUCGGACAUCCGAGGCACACUCAAGUUUGCGUGUGAGACCAUUGUGGAGGAAUAUGAGGAUGAACUCAUUGAAUUCUUUUCGCGAGAGGCUGACAAUAUUAAAGACAAACUUUGUAGUAAGCGAACAGAUCUGUGUGACCAUGCCCUGCGUGUACCGCAUGAUGAGCUGUGA